AUAAAAUCCAGAAGCUUAAGAAAAAACAUCUCAACAAAUAAAUAAUAAUAACAAAAAGAGAAGAUCCAUUUUUACCUAACCCUAAACCAACCCGACCCGAAUUAGGAUACAUCAUCAAAAACGGACCCUUCAAAUGUGUGAACCACCCAAAUUCCAGAUCACUCAAUCGGGCAUUCUUACCGGAUCUUCCCGGUUUCCGGUUCAAUAUUCUCUUCUCCGUUUAAUAAUCCAAAAACCCUAACCCUAUUCACUUUCGGAUCCUCCGAUCGGAUCUACCGGAGCUAACGUCAACCAAAAAGUUCUUCACUUUUCCAGCGUUUAGACCAGACCAUUUCGUGAUAACAGAUUGGUUAAUUUGGCUUCAUCCAUGCCAUGGAAAUUCCAAUCGAGACCCCAAUAAAGAAACCAAAGAGGUUGACAUCUGUUGUGUGGAACCAUUUUGAAAGAGUUCGAAAGGCAGAUAUCUGUUAUGCUGUCUGUGUGCAUUGCAAAAAGAAGCUUAGUGGAUCAAGUAACAGCGGAACAACUCAUCUGAGGAAUCAUUUGCUGCGUUGUCUAAAAAGAUCCAACUAUGAUGUUUCCCAAAUACUUGCGGCAAAGAGAAAGAAAAAAGAAACUACUCUUGCAGUUGUCACCUAUGAAGAAGGGCAAAGGAAAGAAGAAACCAUUAGCCCUGUGACAACCUUUAAGUUUGAUCAAGAGGUAAAGAAAGAGGAAGUUAACAUGCCUAUCAACCUUGGCAGUGUUAGAUUUGAUCAAGAGCGGAGCCGUCUGGAUCUUGCCCGUAUGAUUAUGUUGCAUGGUUAUCCUUUAGCCAUGGUUGACCAUGUUGGAUUCAAAAUAUUUGUCAAGAAUUUACAGCCACAAUUUGAGGUUUUGACAAAUAGUGCUGUUGAACUAGAUUGUAUGACAAUUUAUGCAAAAGAGAAACAGAAGGUGUACGAAGCGAUCCAUAACUUGCAUGGAAGAAUUAGUCUUUCUGCUGAUGUUUGGGAUUCAUCGGAAAAUGCACGAUGUAUGUGCUUGACUGCUUUUUACAUUGAUGAAGACUGGAAGCUUCAGAAGAAAAUGCUGAAUUUCAUCACACUGGACCCUUCCCACACAGAUGACAUACUUUCAGAAGUUGUUAUAAAAAGUUUGACAAACUGGGCCAUUGAUCGUAAGUUGUUUUCUAUGACUUUCGAUCAUUGUACGGGCUAUGAUGAGAUGAUUUUUAGGAUCAAAGACUGGCUUUCUCAAAACAGGCCUCUAUUAAAGAAUGGUGAAUUGUUUGACGUGCGCUGUGCAGUACAGUUGAUGAAAUCAAUUGCUUCUGAUGUCAUGGAAGCAAUUCGAGAUGUGACCCACAAGGUCCGAGAAAGCAUAAAACAUGUUAAGAGUUCACAAGUAACCCUAGGAAAAUUCAAUGAGAUUGCUCAGCAAGCUAUGACUAGUGGUGAGAGACCUUUGAUUCUUGACUUUGGGCAGCAGUGGAGUUCAACAUACUUGAUGCUUGAAGCUGCCUUAGAUUAUAGGGGAGCCUUCUGUCUACUAGAAGAGCAUGACCCUACCUACACUAGCGCUUUGUCUGAAACGGAGUGGGAUCGUACUAGUGCCAUUGCUGGCUAUGUGAAACUUUUUGUUGAAGUUACUAAUGUUUUCACGACAAAUAAAUAUUCAACUGCCAACAUAUAUUUCCCAGAAAUAUGUGACAUUCACAUCCAGUUGAUCGAAUGGUGUAAGAGUCCUGAUAAUUUUCUAAGCGAUAUAGCAUUGAAGAUGAAAGAAAAGUUUGACAAGUACUGGAGCAAGUGCAGUUUGACUUUGGCAAUAGCAGCAAUACUGGAUCCCAGGUUCAAGAUGAAGUUGGUGGAGUAUUACUAUCCUCAAAUUUAUGGUUCUGAUGCCUCAAAUCAGAUCAAAGAAAUAUCUGAUGCUAUAAGGGAGCUUUCUAAUGAGUAUGCUAUGGGCUCAUCUUCGCUUGAUCCCGACACAGCUGGUGCUUCUGGCAGCUUAGCCAGUACCACUAUUGGUACAAGGGACAGACUUAGGGGUUUCGACAAGUUUCUCCAUGAAACUUCACAAAACCACAACAUUACGUCAGAUCUUGACAAGUACUUGGAAGAGCCAGUCUUUCCACGCAAUUAUGAUUUCAGCAUAUUGAAUUGGUGGAAAGUUCACACACCUAGGUAUCCUAUAUUAUCAAUGAUGGCACGUGAUAUCUUAGGAGUUCCUGCAUCCACUCUUGGACCAGAGUUGGCAUUCAAUAACAGAGGCAGGGUACUUGAUCAUCAUCGUAGUUCACUGAAUCCAGUUGCUAGAGAAGCUCUGAUAUGUGGUCAAGACUGGUUGCGCAUGGAAUCUGAAGAAACCAACUCACCUCACAUCUAUACUGCUGUGCCACUUUCGGUGGAAUCAAAGUAGAGCAUGCUUGGUUUGAUUGGAGGAUUGUUCGAUCAGGACACCAGUGUUUGAUUUCUUUCAGUAACUUUGAACUUAAUAAGUAUCAAAUUAGUGCAAAGAGAGUAGAUUAAUUUUAUUCUUAAUUAUGAGUAUUGCUUUAGGAUCAAGAAUUUCUUGUGAUUUUCUCGUCUUUUUUAAAAUUGUAAAUGUUGAUUGCAGUCGAGAUAUGUUCCACCCGGGGAAUGUGGGUGAGGUGGGGGUUGGUGGGGGGGGGGGGAUUGUUGUUUCCCAUGAACUGGAAUUUUCACAUGUUCUCCUAUGGAGGAGUUAGAGGGAAAGGUUGUGUUCAGAUAUUGUGUUAUGAAAAGAAGUAUUGUGUUAUAAAAAGAA